UGUAACGCGUUCCGUCGACUCCUUCGGUGCUCGAGAGUCCUUCACCACGUGGCUGCUGCGAGAAAUCGCGUUCAAUCGAAAACACUUUGAUUGGUUUUUUGUUCAAUAACCGGAGCGGUUCAAAGGGAUAUCUUGAUCAAUUUUCCUUGAUAAACAACUCCUCGUUUGCAAUUUCGAAAUUCUCCGAGUUUUACACGUGAACACGUAAAGAUAAAUCGCGCGUAACUAUGACAAGACGGGGUGAAGAGACAGUCGAGUCCUCGAGAUCGCUUGCGAAAGUCUGAAGUGCACCUCGGGGAGAAUUGAUAAUUGUCAUUUUGCGCGGUUGCAUCUUGGUGGGACACGUGAUUUCCGCGGGGUGAUGCACCCCCGAGAUCGUCGUGAAUGGUGCUGAAAGGUGAUGAACGUGUUUUCCGAGACCAUUAAGAACGAUUCGUGAUGUUUUGCUGUUACGAGAGAUUUUAGGUGUACGGAUUAUUGGAGAUAGACUAGAUCUUGAUAUAUAGAAGGCAUGUUAUGUGUCAGAGUACCAGGCACGGAAGUCCGCGCAGAAGAUGACGGAGUCAAGUAGAUAAAAGAGAGCUGCCUGGACGACGACGGACGAUUCCUCGCUCUUCCCGCACCGCAGCGCACAAUGCUCUGCUACUUCGCUCUUGUCGUACUCUUCGCUGUCAACGUGCCAAUCGUGACGGGACUAGAACCAGACUUUGCGUACCCGCUGGAGAACGUAACGAUCCCGCAGGGUCGAGACGCUACCUUCACCUGUGUGGUGAACAACCUCGGUGGAUACCGGGUGAGUCCUUCCUCCUCCGCGAGCGGAGAUCACUCUGGCAGCACCAAGGCCCGGGUGGCGUGGAUCAAAGCGGACACCAAGGCGAUUCUUGCGAUUCACGAGCACGUUAUCACGAACAAUGCUCGUCUGUCGGUGACCCACAGUGACUACAACACGUGGACGUUGAACAUUCGCGGAGCACGGCGGGAAGAUCGCGGGAUUUACAUGUGCCAGGUCAACACGGACCCCAUGAAGAGUCAGAGCGCGUAUUUGGAGGUGGUAAUACCGCCAGACUUCAUCCCGGAGGAGACCUCGAACGACCUGAUGGUUCCCGAGGGGGGCUCCGCUAAGUUAGUGUGCAAAGCGCGCGGUUAUCCCAAACCCGAAAUCGUGUGGAAACGAGAAGACGGUGCCGAAAUCGUCACGCGAAAUGGCCAGUCCGGUGGCAAGACAAAACAGCUCAGUGCAGAAGGCGAAACGCUGACUUUGUCGAAAGUAACGAGGGGCGAGAUGGGCGUUUACCUGUGCAUCGCCAGCAACGGAGUGCCUCCGUCAGUCAGCAAACGAAUGAUGCUGCACGUGCACUUUCACCCGAUGGUCCAGGUGCCGAACCAGCUGGUCGGCGCUCCGAUCGGAACCAACGUCACGUUGCUCUGUAAUGUGGAAGCGUCACCCAAGGCUAUUAAUUAUUGGACUCGAGAAUCAGACGAAAUGAUAAUCACCAACAGUAAAUAUUCAAUGUCGGAAAUGAAGAUGUCGGCAUACAGCGUGCAGAUGCGACUAGUGAUCAUGAAUCUACAGAAGCAUGACCUGGGCGGCUACAAAUGCAUCUCGAAGAACUCUAUCGGCGACGCCGAGGGAAACAUCCGGCUUUACGACAUGGAGCUGCCCAAGCACUCGAAAAAAUCUGGCGAUCGGCGAUCGGAUGACGACACGAACGAAUCGAUCGACGGGCACAGACUGAAUGGCGUAUCGAAGGGCUCUCUAAGGGAAACCGGAUCGACGCUGGAACCGAUCUUCGAUGAGGAUGACAAUUCGGCGUCGACCACAACCAGAGAGAGCGCGUCGCCUGUGACGAUUAGCAUCGUUCUGAUCGCGCUGCAUCAUUUGCUCGCUUCAACGUAAGAUAGACGUAACCCUGUCCUUAAAUCCGAGCUACGUUGUUCACUACACAUGCUCGAUUCUCUAAUUUAGGAAGAUAAUAGUCCCCCGCGUCGAGUCGCGUUCUCGGCCGAUCCACACAAUUGCCAGCAAAUGUCUACACGAACCUUACUAGUUAUCACGUGGAAGAAAAUUUAUCGCAGACUCGAUUUAUGUCAUUGCCAUCGCGAUCGAGGUUUUAUAUCGAUACUGACGAUCGAAACAGUGAUUUAAGAAAGAGCGAUUCAAAAUUAAAUUCUUUCAAUUUAGAUUCGAGAGAUUGACUUGCAAAAUGAAAGUUACAUGCAUAGAAAUUUAAUAUAUUUUACUUGCAUAAAUUAAUAACGCGUAAAGUGAAACUGAAGUAAAAUUGCAAUAGAUUUAUUUAGCAGAUAAAUCGAUAUUGUUGAGAUUAUACUUUUAGUCGCAUUUAUAUUUGAAAUUUUAAUAUAAAAAUCUUCAAAUUUUAGUUGUCUUCCAAAGUUUAUUUUAAUCGCGACAUCGCGUAUACUACCAGCUUAAAAUAUAGCGCGAUAGUCGAAAAUCUUCAUCUACUCAAUGUGGCAAUUAAAUAUCUGCAUUUUGAUGACAUAGUAAAUUCGCAUUUCAUAAAAUAGCAUUUUGAAAUGCGGGAACAGGUCCUGAUAAUAAUGUCUGCGUAAAAUAACUAAAAUUAACAGAGAUAUGAAAACCCGAGAAGCACGAAGUUAACGAGCAGCAUAUUAAAUUAAGUCGGACGUAAUACAACGUAGCGCGUGUCAUAUAAAAAUAGUUUGCCGUACAGUCACGAGACGAGAAGUUUAAAAGUAUAAUACGAUAUGACGACUUCUAUGCAUUCAAAGAAGAUAUUUUUAUUAAUUAAAGAAAAGUGUUAUAAAUAGAUAAAUCGAUAAAGAGAGAAAGAGAAUACAUAG